CUCCUGGCAGGACUACAACUCCCGAAAUGCAGCGCGGUUGACACGGGAAGGGAGGGGGUGUAGUCUAGAACCUGGAGCUCUGCCCGGUGAACUACAACUCCCGUCAGACAGUGGGGCACAGCCUCGCCGGCACCCCGUCGGAGGAAGUGACCUUUUUGCGUAGCAACAGUCUCUGUUGCUAACGGAGUAUGAGCGUCUGCGGGGAGAGAGGAGCACGCAGGGCCGUGAGUGCACAGGGAGUUUUACCGCCUUCGGGGCGGGCGCGAUAACAAGCUCGGGCCGUCGUAUAAACCAUGUCUGCGCCAGCUGAUGAAACUGCAGGAGACCUGCCUGUGAGAGAUGUAGGUCUAAAUUUAGCUGGAAUUGGAGGAUUACAAGAAUCAUCAGCUGCCCAGAGUGUGAAAGCUCGGCAAGCUGUCUCACGAAUUAGUCGCGAGGAGCUAGAAGACCGUUUCCUGCGUUUGCAUGAUGAAAACAUCUUACUUAAGCAACAUGCUCAUAAGCAAGAAGAUAAAAUUAAAAGAAUGGCCACCAAGUUAAUUCGGCUUGUUAAUGACAAGAAAAGAUCUGAGCAGAUUGGUGGUGGCCCCAAGCGGUUGGGCCAGGAUGUAGAACUUGAAGAAAUGAUUGAGCAGCUGCAAGGGAAAGUUCGUGAGCUCGAGAAACAAAAUGAAGGCAUCCGCAAGAGACUCAUUUCAACCAAACAGCAGCUCCAAGUUCAAGGCCAUCGGCACACUCCAUACAGCCAUGUUCAAUCUCGCAUUAACACUGGUCUCAGAAAAGUGAAUGAGGCUGUCGCCAUCCAAGAUCACACAAGGAAAGGAAUGAGAUUUCAAGAUGUAGAACUGAGAUGCCCCCAACCCAUGCUCCCAAGAUACGGACAUAGUUUGCUUGAAGAAGCAAGGGCUGAGAUAAGAAAUUUGGAAAACGUGAUUGAGUCACAAAAGGGACAGAUUGAAGAAUUGGAGCACACUGGAGAGGUACUAAGGAGUCAGAUAAGAAAGAAGGAAAAAGAGUUUGAAGAAUCUGUUCUGCAACUGAAAGAGCAACAAGCAACAGGGCAAAGGUUAAGCAUUCGGGACAAUGUGGAAAUGAUAAAGCUCCACAAACAACUGAUGGAGAAAAGCAAUGCUCUCUCAGCAAUGGAAGGGAAAUUUCUUCAGCUUCAAGAGAGUCAAAGGAACCUUAAGGCCAGCCAUGAUGCUUUAAUGGCAAACGGGAAUGAACUCAAUCUGCAGCUUAAAGAACAGCGUUUGAAGUGCCUCCAUCUUGAGAAAGAAUUACAGUCAAUGAUUUUUUCAGAACAAAGGAUAGAAGAGUUGCAGGAUAGAAUUAAUGACCUAGAAAAGGAGAGGGAUCUUUUAAAGGAAAAUUAUGAUAAACUAUAUAACAGUGCCUUCAGUGUGAGCCAUGAACAGCAAUGGAAGUUAAAGGAACAGCAACUGAAAUUACAAAUUGCUCAACUUGAGACUGCCUUAAAGUCUGACUUAGCAGACAAAAGUGAAAUCCUUGACAGAAUGAAACUAGAAAGAGACCAAAAUGAGAAGCUGACCCAAGAGAACAAAGAAUUACAAUUGCAUUAUCUGGAACACAAGCAACAGCUAGAUGAACUGAAAAAUCGCAUGAAGUUUUUCACCAAGGAGAGUGAUACUGAAAUGGCAGAACUCAGUGAAGCCCUCAUGCUUAUAAAGGUUCGCAAACAGCAGAAAAAUGAAGACCUUACCUUUUUAGAGAAAAUAGAAGAUGACAUCCAUAAAGAUACGGAAUACGCCAUGCGGGAUCUUCAAGCAACACAUGCAGAAACAGUGCAAGAACUUGAAAAGACACGGAAUAUGUUAAUUGUGCAGCAUAAAAUUAACAAAGAUUAUCAGACUGAAGUUGAAGCAGUGACGCAGAAGAUGGAGGGUUUACAGAAAGAUUAUGAGUUAAAACUUGAACAGUAUGUCCAUCUUCUUGACAUUAGGGCUGCACGCAUCCGAAAAUUAGAAGCUCAACUAAAGGAUAUUGCCUACGGUACCAAACAGUACAAAUUCAGACCAGAAAUCCUGCCAGAGGAUCCAGCAGAUGAAUUUGAUGAAACUGUCCACUUAGAAAGAGGAGAAAACCUAUUUGAAAUUCACAUCAGCAAAGUGAUAUUUUCUACAGAAGCUGUGCAUGCUUUUGGUGACCAGGAACCUGUAACUUUCUGUACCUAUGCAUUCUAUGACUUUGAACUGCAGACAACCCCAGUAGUUCAUGGUCUUAAUCCAUCCUAUAACUUCACUUCACAGUAUCUUGUGCGCGUUGAUGACUUCUUUUUGCAAUACAUACAGAAAAGCACUAUCACUCUUGAAGUUCAUCAUGCCUUAGGCACAGAUUAUGAAACAGCUGCAGCAUGUCAGCUGAGAUUCCAUGAAAUCUUGGAAAAUAAUGGCAGGAUCUAUAGUACAGCAAUUUUAGUUGGAACUGAAGGACAUAUCCCAAACUAUGGCACAGUGGAUUACUGGGUCAGGUUAAGAGUUCCUAUGGAUCAGGCUAUCAGACUCUACAAAGAGAGGUCAAAAGCUCUGGGAUACAUAACAUCCAAUUUAAAGGAACAUGAAAAAGCCCCACAGUUAAAGCAACCGAUACACAGAACUGCCCAAGUCAGCACUUCAGCAGAUGGCGACUUAAAUGAGCUUCAUAUUACAAUAAAAUGUUGUAGUAAUCUCAAGUCCCGAAAAAAACACCUUCAGCCAAAUCCUUAUGUUGUCUACAAGUUCUUUGAUUUUGCAGACCAUGAUACUCCCAUCAUUCAUAGCAGCAACAGCCCUCAAUUUGACGAUCACAUGUGUUUUCCAGUGCCAAUGAAUACAGAUUUAGACCAGUAUUUAAAAUCGGAAUCUUUGACUUUUUAUGUGUUUGAUGAUGGUGAAACAGAAGAAGGUCUUUAUGUAGGGAAAGCGAUUGUUCCUCUUAUCUCUUUAGCACAUGACAGAUACAUCUCAGGUACAUUUGAACUAACAGAUUCUGAAGGACAUUCUUCUGGCACCAUCAACGGACCUAAAUGGAGGUUUGCCUAUCUACCUCCAAGUGGAUCAGCAGUGGCAGCAGACCUAGUGAGUUACAUCCAUGAAAAACCAAUGGCAACUAAAUUACCAGUGAAGGAGGAAGUGCCGACUCUAACCCUGACCCCUUCUUUUACUUCAUCAAUGACAGCACUAAAGCCCAAACCAAGACAGCGUACUGCUCUAGCAGACAAGAAGGUCUCUUUUAUGGAUGUCAGCAUACUGCAGAUUCCAGUUAUACAGGAAAGAGUGGCAGAUGAUAAAGUAAAGGAAACUUCUGGAGAAAUUCAGCAGGAAAAAGAUGACCUCUCUCAGCUAUCUGAGGGUCAAUUGGCUGACCAGAGCUCAGCUACUUCUGGAGAUGAAACAGAAAUAACUGAAGAAUUGGAACCAGAAGAUCAAGAUAAUAGACUGGCAACUGAUGCCAUGGAAUCAAUAAUAACUGACAGUGAUGACUGUAUUGUUCCUAGCCCAGUGUCCAAGAAUAUUAAACAGUCAAUAGAAAAAAUUCGGAUUGAGAUUAUAUCCCUAAGUCUCACGGAUUCCCGAGUUGCAAUGGAUGACACAAUACAGCGACUGUUUGUAGAAUGCAGAUUCUAUAGUUUCCUUGCAGAAGAGACACCAGUGUCACUUCCUAAACCAAAAAGUGGACAGUGGGUUCACUACAAUUAUAGCAAUGUGAUUCACGUGGAUAAGGUGAAUAACUAUGCAAGGAGAGAAUUCCUAAAGUCUGUACUUCAAGAAUCAGAGUUGAAUACUGGCAGCAUACGAUUUACAGUGGUUAGUGACCCUCCAGAAGAUGAACAAGAUCUUGAGUGUGAAGACAUUGGCUUUGCUUACGUCAGUCUAACGGAGAUAUUUCAGAAAGAAAAAGACAUAAUUGAGCAAGAUAUUGAUGUUUUCGAUUCACAAGAUGAUAGUGCUGUAAUUGGAAAGCUCAAAGUAACAGUGGAGGCCCUCCAUGCUCUGCGCUCAGUCUAUGAGGAACACAAAGAUGACUAGGAGGCAUGAAAGAAAAGUGUGCCUACAGAUGCUGCUUCUCCCAGUGUAAAUACAUGCUUGAUAGCUCUUCGAAGAUGAGAUUUUUGUAAUUACUACAGUAUAUUUAAUGUAUAAUUUAUAUGAAAAGGAUGCUUGAUUUAUAGGUGUAAACUUUUGUAUACUUUUCAGUCUGUUUGUUUUUAUAUUUCCCCCUAAGGCUAAGACUCCCUCCACAAUGGACAAUGUCUUGUAAAUAAUUAAUACCUACAUGAUUGAAUGAUGUGCUUUAUUUGCAUUUUCAACAUUUUUUCUUACAUAAAACAGUAAUAAAAAUGCAAGUUGAAUUUUUAAUUUUUAAUAAAAAAGCUUAAGCCUUAGAAAACUGAUUAAAAAUACUUUUAUGUUAUCCCUAAUCACCCCACUAAAUGCAAUGCCUGUGUUUAGCCUCAUUAAGAAUUUUAUACUGUGAAGAUUUUAUUAGAAGCAAUAUAUGAAAAUUACUUGGAUUAAUGUGUUAAUCUGCCUCUUUAAAAUGCUAAUAUCCAUUUUAUGCACAUUAAAUCUCAGUAUGCGUUUUCUUUGAUGCGUGCAGUUUCUGUCAAUUAAGUAUAAAGAAUGAGGCUAGUCGCAAAGACUUAUUAAAUUACUGCAAGCUUUUUAAAAAUAACUUUUGCCCUUCUACUAACAUUAUAAGUAGUUGUUUAUGAUUACCAUGAUUUGAAGGAGGGGGAAGGUGGACUCAAUUUUCAUAUACAGUAAAAGAGAUUUACAGUUUCAACCAACAGUUAUCAAAGCACAGAAAGAAAAUAUAAAAGAAUCAAUCAGAUUCUGUUCCGCUUAGUUUGAGCUGUAGGGACAGGCAAGUGUUUUUUGAUCACUUUUAAAACUUACAUCAAACACAUACAAUGAUCCUUGUAUCUGGAUAACCAGUGGCUAGAAAAGAGCUUGGAAAGUUAAUUUUCUAGCUUUUAACCAAUCUCAAUGAAAGAUUUAAUUGAUAUUUUUAAUGGAGCUGUGAAUCAAUGCAGCAAAAGGAUUGUCUCUGGAGAACUAGGAUAUAAUGCAUUUCAUUUUUUAAUUUACUUUGUCAUUUUCUUCAAAGGAUUUUAUAGGCUGUGGGUUUUCACUGUUUGCAAACAGGCUAUGUUUCUUCAUAAGCAUAUGUAAAGUAUUCAGAGAGAUAAGUAAUUUAUUAAAAUCUACCUAAUUUGCCGUGAUAUAUUAAAUCUCUGCUUCAGUGAUCACCGACCAUUUCAUUUAGAGAAUUAGGCAUUCGCUCUUUGUGUGAUUAAACCUCUGGAAAAUGAGUUCUUUGCUCCUAUUUGUGAACAUUCAAAGCCUGCUAAUGGCAAGAAGAUGGAAUAGAUUAUGAGACAAUUCAUUACAGUUCAACAGCAAAAAAAAAAAAAAAAAAAAA